UUUUCUCUCUCUCGUCUCGUGCUGUGCUUAUCUAAACCAGACACAGUUGUUACCAGAGAGAGCGCUUUACCGUUUAUCUUCAGCAGGAAAAAUGAUUAAGCUAUUCAAAGUCAAGGAAAAGCAGAGGGAAAUUGCUGAAAAUGCCAAUGCCAAUGGGAAGUCACCGAUCAAGAAGCAGAGUGCUGGAGAGUUACGACUUCAUAAAGACAUCAGUGAAUUGAACCUGCCAAAAACUUGUGGCAUUGUAUUUCCCAAUGGCAAGGAUGACUUAAUGAACUUUGAGGUUACUAUUAGACCCGAUGAAGGAUAUUAUCUAGGUGGUACAUUUUUGUUCUCUUUUCAAGUGUCCCCCAUCUACCCUCAUGAAGCACCAAAGGUGAAGUGCAAGACAAAGGUGUACCACCCUAAUAUCGACUUGGAGGGAAAUGUUUGCCUCAACAUUCUAAGAGAAGAUUGGAAACCUGUUCUGAACAUAAACACUAUUAUAUAUGGACUGUUUCAUCUUUUUACGCAACCCAACUGUGAGGAUCCCCUCAAUCACGAAGCGGCUGCUGUUUUAAGGGAUAACCCGAAACUGUUUGAAUCCAAUGUUAGAAGGGCAAUGGCUGGUGGAUAUGUGGGGCAAACCUUCUUCACUAGAUGCAUGUAGAUGCUUCUUGUGUUGAAAAACACUUAAUUUACUUUAAAUUCGGGGGCUGUAUAUUUGGUCGCAAGGGUUCUUCUUCCAUUUCUUGUGUGCUGUUGUGACAAAUUCUCAGAAUCAUGCAAAAGCACACAGAAGAUGUUUGUAAUGCUGCUGUAACUUUGUGACAUGUUUGUGAUAUUGGCCGGGGACAACAUUAUUUUUCUUUAUUUUGAUGUGAAUCAAUUGGGAGAAGCUCUAGACUGGGGAACUCUAUUCAGUGUAUUUCCUUUUAUUUUUAUGGGGUGAAGAAGCAUGCUUUCCUUU